AUGAGCGACAAAAAUUACUUCCCUUUACCAAGUUUCCGCGUGUGUAGGUACGCUUGCAAGGUGCCUAACACAGUUGUGCCUAACAGAGUUGUGCCUAACAGAGUAGUGCCUAACAGAGCAGUGCCUAACAGAGCAGUGCCUAACAGAGCAGUGCCUAACAGAGCAGUGCCUAACAGAGCAGCGCCUAACAGAGCAGUGCCUAACAGAGCAGUGCCUAACAGAGCAGUGCCUAACAGAGCAGUGCCUAACACAGUUGUGCCUAACAGAGCAGUGCCUAACAGAGCAGUGCCUAACACAGUUGUGCCUAACAGAGCAGUGCCUAACACAGUUGUGCCUAACAGAGUUGUGCCUAACAGAGUAGUGCCUAACAGAGCAGUGCCUAACAGAGCAGUGCCUAACAGAGCAGUGCCUAACAGAGCAGCGCCUAACAGAGCAGCGCCUAACAGAGCAGUGCCUAACAGAGCAGUGCCUAACAGAGCAGUGCCUAACACAGUUGUGCCUAACAGAGCAGUGCCUAACAGAGCAGUGCCUAACACAGUUGUGCCUAACAGAGCAGUGCCUAACACAGUUGUGCCUAACAGAGUUGUGCCUAACAGAGUGGUGCCUAACAGAGCAGUGCCUAACAGAGCAGUGCCUAACAGAGCAGUGCCUAACACAGUUGUGCCUAACAGAGCAGUGCCUAACACAGUUGUGCCUAACAGAGCUGUGCCUAACAUUGUGGUGCCUAACAGAGCAGUGCCUAACACAGUUGUGCCUAACACAGUUGUGCCUAACAGAGCAGUGCCUAACAGAGCAGUGCCUAACAGAGUAGUGCCUAAAAGAGCAGUGCCUAACAGAGCUGUGCCUAACAGAGCUGUGCCUAACAUUGUGGUGCCUAACAGAGCUGUGCCUAACAGAGCAGUGCCUAACAGAGUGGUGCCUAACAGAGCAGUGCCUAACACAGUUGUGCCUAACAGAGCAGUGCCUAACACAGUUGUGCCUAACAUAGUGGUGCCUAACAGAGCUGUGCCUAACAGAGCUGUGCCUAACAGAGCUGUGCCUAACAUUGUGGUUCCUAACAAAGCUGUGCCUAACAUUGUGGUGCCUAACAGAGCUGUGCCUAACAGAGCAGUGCCUAACAGAGUGGUGCUUAACAGAGCUGUGCCUAACAUUGUGGUGCCUAACAAAGCUGUGCCUAACAGAGCAGUGCCUAACAGAGUGGUGCCUAACAGAGCUGUGCCUAACAUUGUGGUGCCUAACAGAGCUGUGCCUAACAUAGUAGUGCCUAACAUAGUAGUGCCUAACAGAGCAGUGUCUAACUGA